AUGGCAAACACCGACCAAGAAAUUGCUCCAUUUAUUGAAAAAAGCCAGCAACCCCAAGAUUUGGCAAUUGAUAUCCAUGAAGAAGACUUAGAGCCUGCGCCUGAGUGUUGUAUUUACAAAGUCCCUAGACGUUUUCGUGAAGCAAAAGAAAAUGCCUACACUCCAACUUUGAUUUCAAUAGGACCUCUUCAUCGUGGUAAGACAAAUUUGGGUCGAAUGGAGUCGCAAAAGCAGAGAUAUUACAAAAAAUUUUGUCAAAGGACUUCCAAGAAGACAUUGGAAGAAUUUGUGAGCUUCAUCCAAGAGCAUUUAAAUCGUAUAUGCAAGUGUUAUCAAGUCCAAUUUGUCUUUAGGACUGAGUCGGAGGCUUCCAAGUUUACGGAGAUGAUACUAUAUGAUGCAGUUUUUAUCAUUGAGUACUUCUUGAGGAACUUUGAAAGAGAAGUCAACGACUUCUUAUUCCAUAGAGAAUGGUUAAGUGUUGAACUUCAAACGGAUUUAAUGUUACUUGAAAAUCAACUCCCGUUCUUUCUCCUUAAAGAUCUAUAUAACCUAGCUUUCGCUACUUCUAAUAAACCCUCUUUUCUCCAUCUUGCUCGCCUGUACUUCAAAGUCGAUGAAGACCAAACAUUAGACCAAAAGGGGAUUAAACACUUCACAGAUUUAAUUAGAUGCCAUGCAGUGACAACUCACCCUUCAAACUUGGUUGAGAAAACCAACAACAGAUACAGUGCAACGAUGUUGCGUGCUGUUGGUGUUCGGUUUAAAGCUGUGGACGACUGCUUGCUUAAUGUCAAAUUUGAGGAGGGAGUGCUAAAAAUCCCAUCUUUUCGUGUGGAGUAUGAAACUGAGACUGUUUUUAGAAACCUAAUAGCCUUCGAGCAAUGUCACUAUCCAAAUGAGGCCUAUUUUUGUGGUUAUAUUCAACUACUGGAUUCUCUUGUUGAUGUCGCUGAAGAUGUAAAUUUACUGAUUAAAAUGGGGANUAAUUGGGUUGUGGAUUAUUAA